UGGAGCGAAAAAGAUAUCAUUGUUCCAUGCAGAUCUGGUGCACGUUUAAUUUCAUUUUUUAAUGUUAUCACUGAUGCCAUCAAUGCAGUAAUCGUAGCCGUGAGCUAUGAUUUGGAAAUCAUGGCAAGCGAAACAAUUGCUACGCCUAGUGACCCAUUCAAGCCUAUUUAGUCAGCGUGUACUGUUCUGUUUGAAAGAGUAUAGAUGAAUAACACAAGAUGAGAAAUUUUUUUUACAAGGCUUUUAUUCCGUGAAUGCUUUGUGAUUUACCUUAAAACGGUCUCAAAAGCGAUUGUUAUAACACGCUGUCUAUGAUGGAACGAGAUCAGAGCAUUUGGUUUUUGCUAGUAAGCGUGAGCCGGUCCCGCAAAUUGUAUUACAGCAAUCAAGUGUUAAAUGUAUAUCAGCGCAGCACUUUUGAUACUCCUGCGAUUUUUCUCUCGCGCAACUCUCAAGACACUCGCGAACAGUGAGGGAGGCAGCAACACCGACAGUAAGACAAGCAAGGCAGAUCUUGAGCUUCAUCUUCUCGUCAGCUGGGGUAAAUUUGGAAAUGCUGGAGAUACCUCUGGAAGAUUAUGCGGUUGAUAGUCAGACUAGAUUCAUACACCAAGCGUCCAGAUACAAAUUCGAAUGAUGGGGAUAUAGAAGAAGCACAACAGCUG